AAGAAAUAGUUUUUUUAAUUUAGUAGUGAUAAAAGGCGGGAAACUUUUAUUAAAAACUAUUCGGUGAAACAAUUAGGUACGUUGAGUUAGAAUUAAAUAUACAAUUUAAUUUUAUUAUUUUAUAUCAUAAAUUUGAUUUUGAAUUUAAAUAAUAUUAUUUUAAUUAAUAACGGAAUACUUAGUUAUCAAAAUGUAGUUGUUGAUAUUUUGACAAGACUCAUAAAAAUACAGUUUUUAUCAAACUGGGACGAUGGUGUGAAGUUUAUGAUGAUGGAUUGAUGUUGUGAUGAGAAGUACUUACUGAAUUUUGGUGCAAAAUGUAUUCACGUUGGCGGCUGAGUGUUUUGGUUUCCUGUGCAUUUGUGAUAGGGUACAACAAUGUUGCAGCAGAGCAACACAACAGCACAGCGGAGCUCAUCAACACCAACAUCACGCGGCUCGGUCGACAGGCGCUCUCCGACGCCGGCUACACGCUGCACCUCAUACAGCACAUAUACAUCACGGGUGCUCCAAACCUGAUGCAUAUAGAAGUGGAAGACUUGAAGCUGAUUCCGAAUCUCCGAACUUUUUCUAUAUCGCAGGCGCCGCGGCUACAUAAAGUGGACAAACUGCCUUCUCUGCCCAACCUCCGCACAUUCAUGAUCACGACGUCUGGACUCCUGGAGGUGCCCAACCUGAGCCAUGUUCAGGAUUUCAUCAAAUCAUCGCAGAGCUACUUGCAGGCUGUAGACCUGGAAGGGAAUCACAUAAGACGCAUCCCUCGCCACGCGCUGCGCAUCCGAGCCAUUCAAGUGUCGUUAAAUUUAAAUUUGAUCGAGGAGGUGCCCGCGCAUACGUUUAAAAAUGCACAGAUUGCAAAAUUGAGUUUUAGAGGUAACACAAAACUAAGACAUUUGGAUGAAAAGGCUUUUGAAGGGAAUCUAUUCCUAAAACAGUUGGACCUAAGCAAUACCGCCAUCACAUCUUUACCGACUUCGGGGCUGGAUAAACUAGAAGUCCUCAAACUAGACAAGACGCCAUCUUUGAAAUACAUCCCGUCCAUUUACGAGUUUCAGAAUCUUCAAAAGGCAAUCUUGACUCAUCACUUCCAUUGCUGCGCGUUUGCCUUCCCGGAGAUACAUGAUCCUGAGCGUCACGCGUCGUACCAGGCGCGAGCAUCGCUUAUGCAGAAGCAAUGUGAAGAUGAGAAAAGACUCAUGGCACAAUACACGAAGAAGCGAAAGGAGAGGUCUUUGCAGCCAAUCAGAGCCAUCGGAAUAGGCACGAGGCGAAACCUAGAAGAUGACACAGACUUGGAAGACACGGCCACUACAGUGGAGGAUUCAUCGGAGUCCGAAGAGUAUUUGGACCUGGAGAUGGCAGAAGACGAAGGCAUGUGGCACGCGAACGGACCUGUGGAUGACGCUGCCCACGGACUGGCUUUGCCGGAGAAUUGCAGCACUUUUAGUAUAAGAAACAAAGUGGAAUGUACACCAGUGCCGAACGCUCUCAACCCCUGCGAGGACGUGAUGGGCUGGUCCUGGCUGCGGGCCAGCGUGUGGUUCGUCAUCACCGCCGCCGUCGUCGGCAACGUCGCCGUCUUGCUGGUCCUCCUCACCAACCACGCAGAGAUGACCGUCCCCAGGUUCCUCAUGUGCCAUCUAGCAUUCUCCGACCUUUGUACUGGAAUCUACUUGUUCAUGCUGGCAGUAAUAGACCUCAGAUCCUUCGGAGAAUUCUUCAACUACGCAUACGAUUGGCAAUACGGUGUCGGCUGCAAGAUCGCUGGUUUCCUCUCAGUGUUCUCAGGACAAUUGUCAGUGUUUACUCUUACGAUAGUGACUGUGGAGAGGUGGUUCGCUAUAACGUACGCGAUUUACUUAGAGAGAAGAAUUAACCUGGCGACAGCUGCGAAGAUUAUGGUCUCCGGAUGGCUGUUCGCGAUACUCCUAGCUGGUCUCCCUUUAGUUGGUGUUUCGGACUACUCGUCGACGUCAAUAUGUCUGCCAGUCGAAAGCGAGAACGUAGGAGACGUGGUGUACCAAGGAUCCUUGUUCAUGACAAACGCUGUCGCCUGGGUCCUGAUAGUCGUAUGCUACGUUCAAAUAUACAGAUCUUUAGGGGGAGGUGGAGAGAAAUACGGCGGAAGAGGCGCGGCUGCAGCGGCAGAGAGACGCAUUGCGAAUAAAAUGGCUCUACUCAUCGGAACAGACUUGCUAUGCUGGGCACCAGUAGCCUUUUUCGGUGUAACCGCGUUAGCCGGAGCGCCUCUAGUCGACGUCAGUCAUGGGAAGGUUUUACUGGUGUUUUUUUAUCCGCUCAAUGCGUGCGCGAAUCCUUUUCUCUACGCCAUCCUAACGAAGCAGUACAGGAGGGAUUUGAUUACUCUGAUAGCGAGAAGUGGGAGGUGCAACUGGCUGGUGGCGCGGUACAAGAUGGCCGCGACCCCGCCCCCCACCGCGCACACCAACCCCUCCGCGCCCCCGCUGCUGCCUCUCGUGGAGCGCCAACGGAGUCAGACAUCCGACAAGGAGAAUGGAGAAGCAGUGCUUUAAAUGUUAGAAUAAUUUAUAAAUUUAAGUAUAAUGAUAUUAAAAUAUUAUUUAUAAUUA